AUGGAUGGUGAUCAUCACCAAAAUCAGGAUGAUGAUAAAUCACAAGGGUCAGCUAUGACCUCAGAGGAUGAGAUAGAGUUUAAGACUAAAAAUUCAACUGGUAAUGAUUCAAAGGGUUGUGAUAUUGAAGGGUCAUCAUCAGGUGAGAAACUAGCUCCAUCAAAAAAUCACAAGUGUGAGAUUUGUGGAAAGUGUUUCGGUUCUGGCAAGGCAUUAGGAGGCCACAAAAGAUCACACCUUCAAGCUCUAAAAAAAGAAGGUAGGUCCAGUAAGAAGGGUAAUUGCUCAUCAACAUCAAAAAUUUGUUAUGUUUGCGAAAAGGGUUUCCCAUCCAAGAAGUCCUUGCAUGGCCACAUGAGGUCCCACCCUGAUAGGAAAUGGAGGGGUGUUCUCCCUCCCGAUCAUCCCGCCCUGGCGCAAGGCUCUUGCUUCCCCAACUCAGAGUCAGAAGAUGAUGAUGAUGGCAGUGAUGAUGGUGAUGACAUUGGAUCAAGAGAUUUGCCACAAGAGUGGGGUGGGUAUCACAAAGGGAAGAUCAAUGAAAGUGGUUCUAGCAAUGAGGAGGUUCAUAAUGCUGCUAGUAUACUCAUGCAAAUGUCUCAGGAUAAAUGGCCUCAAUCAUCACAACAUGUCAAGCUCGAGAAUGGUGGUCAAUAUCACAAAGGGAAGAUAAGUGGUCAUUAUUAUGUGCAGAAUGGAGAAAAGACAUCUUCUGAAUCUGGGGAUGAGACGGAUAGCGAGGAGGAAGACGAGGAAGAUGCUUAUUUCACUAAAGUGAGGUAUAUGAAUGCAGCAUUGAAGGGUAAGAAAGGUACUAAUGGAGGGCGAGAUCUUGAGGAGACGGUGGUGGUGGUGAAGGAGAGUAACAAAAGAAGGAAGUUGGUGGUGAGAAUCAAGCUUCCAAAUUCAGAAUCUAAAGCUGAAAACUCGCGGCGGGCGGUGAAAGACGAGUACCAAUGUGACAUUUGUGAAAAAUCUUUCUCAACACCUCAAGCCUUGGGAGGGCACAAAUCAAGCCACUAUAAAGAGAAGAACAAUAGGCCUUCUUCACAUGGAGCUGGGGAAUCAAGUCAAGCUGUAGUUGCAAGAGAAGAAAGAGGAAGAGUUUUAAGGGAUUUUGAUCUCAACCAUACACCAAAUGUUAAGCAAGAGGAUGAAAUUUAA